AUGUACAUCACCCUCUACUACAUAGUCACCCGGCUCCCUGACUCCCUUCGCUUAGUCAGGGACCACUUCCUCUCAGUUUGCCCCACCACACUCACCGUUGACCUCCUCGAGGAGCGCCUCCUAGCAGCAGAGAAGAGCAUAGUCGCUGUAGGAGCCUCUCGUGGUGACCCUCGCACCCCCGUCUUUCAGGGGUGUUCCCCCUCCCCCCUCUUGCCCUCUAUUGCUUCUGCUGCUGCGGCCGACCUCGUUGGUUUCGAGUCGGUCGGCGCCGCGUCUACCCCUAGCGGGAGAUGCCGCACCGGCAAGGGCAAGGGGGGCAAGGGUGUUGGAGGGGCUGGCGGGGGCGGUGGAGGUGGUGGUGGAGGCAGUGGAGGGGGUGGGGGUGGUGGUGGGAGUGGUGGCGGGGGUGGAGGUGUCGGUGGCAGUAGAGGAGGCGGAGGAGGCGGCGGCGGUGGCGGAGGGAGCGGAGGCGGCGGAGGUGGCGGAGGCGGCGGAGGUGGCGGAGGCGGCGGAGGCAGCGGUGGAGCUGGUCGCGGCUCUGUGCAGAGGAGUGGCUCCGGUGGUGGUCCGCGCCAGCAGCAGCAGCGCAGUCGUGAGACCCCGUCCCCCCAGCAGCUUCGUGAGUGGUACGCUGGGCGUCAGCGAGGUGGGGGUACUGGUCCAUGCACCUACGUCCUCCGUACCGGCAACCGCGCUGGUGAGAAGUGCGGGGGCCCGCACUCCACCCAGCGCUGCUUCGGCCGCCUGCCGGACGCGUGGCGUCACCAGUUCCCUGACGCCACUAAGAUCCCUCGCUGGGGAGAGCUGUCUAGGGCGGGGGUUUCUAUCGUUGAUCUUGAUUAUGAUCCUAUUCUUGCUGCCAUGUAUGCUGUUGCUGAUAGUGUUGAGGGUGACUGUUACCUGUGUGUUCCGCCUAACCCGGGCAUUGAGGCUGCUGCUCUAGGUGCUGGUGAGGCUGCUGCUCUAGGUGCUAGUGCGUCUGCUGCCCCAGGUGCCGGUGAGUCUGCUCUCUCAGGUACCACGCCGGCUCAGGCCUUACACACCUUCACCCUUGAUUCGGGUGCUUCCCGCUCCUUCUUUCGAGACCACACGACGCUUACGCCGCUUAGUCGGCCGGUUGCGGUCUCCCUGGCGGACCCCUCUGGGGGUCCUGUCCUUGCUAGCUUCUCCACUGUCCUACCGUGCCCGGCAGCCCCCUCUGGCACCCUGUCAGGUCUCUACCUCCCCUCGUUCUCUACGAACUUGUACCGCGCCGCUCCUCACUCCUCCAAUUUUCCUCCGACAGAGGCUCCGCUGCAGGCUCUUCACAUGGACGUGUGGGGCCCCGCCCGCGUCCGUGGCCAGGGUCACGAGCGUUACUUCCUGUUGGUGGUUGACGACUACUCGCGUUACACCACGGUGUUCCCCUUGCGCAGCAAGGGUGACGUCACUGAGGUGUUGAUCGACAGGAUCCGCGCAGCUCGUCUCCAGCUCAGAGAGAGUUUCGGCUCGGACUUUCCUGUUCUGCGUCUGCACUCUGACAGAGGCGGGGAGUUUUCCUCUGCCCGUCUCGGAGCCUUCUGUCGUGCACAGGGCAUCUGCCAGACCUUCACGCUUCCGGCCUCUCCACAGCAAAAUGGGAUUGCUGAGCGCCGCAUAGGCAUGUACGCAGCGUAUCAGCUCAACCUUCAGCCCCGCGUCUCCUUGCCAGAGACCUCCCCCACCUUGCGGUGGACGGGGAAGGUUGGCGAUGCGUCUGCGUUUCGGGUCUGGGGAUCUCGGGCGAUUGUCCGCGACUUGUCUGCGGACAAGCUGUCCCCGCGUGCUGUUCCCUGCGUCUUCCUUGGCUUCCCCCCUGACGCGCCUGGGUGGCAGUUUUACCACCCCACCUCGCGCCGUGUUCUAUCCUCUUAG